AUGUUACAACCAAAACUUCAUCAUUUGUUUCUUUGCUUUCUUCUAAUUGUUCUGAUUAAUUGUAAUUGUUCAAUAAUAAUCAAGACGAAAAGUGGUUUAGUGAGCGGUAUUUGGCAAAAAACCUACAAAAGCAAUAAGCUUUAUACAUCUUUCAAAGGGAUUCCCUAUGCCGAACCACCAGUCGGCGAUCUAAGAUAUAAGGUUCCAGUUCCAGUGAAACCGUGGAAUGAAAUCCGUGUAACUUCUGACAAAUACAAAGAUGCUUGCCCAGUUCUUGUUCAAUCAAUGCAAUUUCCAUUGAAUUCAACACAAUCUGAAAACUGCCUAUUUUUAAACGUCUUCGUACCGGCCCCUAGAUUGCUGCCGGUAAUGUUUUUCAUACAUGGUGGAUCAUUCAUUGAAGGCGAUGGUCACAGUGGAUUCUAUGGACCUGAUACAUUCAUGGAAGAUGAAGGUGUGAUUUUGGUUACAAUCGAUUAUCGUUUAGGUCCGUUAGGAUUUAUGAACUUCGAGUUACCAGGCCUGACUGGAAAUAUGGGUUUCAAAGAUCAACAAUUAGCCUUGAAAUGGGUUAGCGAUAAUAUUAGAUAUUUUGGUGGUGAUCCAGAUGCCAUAACAAUUUUUGGACAUAGUGCAGGUGGAGGAUCAUCACACUUUCACGUCUUGAACGAAUAUUCGCGAAAACUAUUCGCUCGAGCGAUUCUCAUGAGCGGUACUGCCGUCACGUACUCUGCACAUUAUGAUCCAAAUAAUCAGUUGGAACUUAUGUAUGAUGCAUUUAAAGAUGAACUGAAUGGUGCAAGAGAUCCGAAAAUACUUUACGAUUUCAUGAAAACUGCUUCUCUUGAUGUACUUAUGCAGAAAACGCCCGCUUUUACACUUUUCACAAAUUUGUUCGAACUUUACUGGGGAGCGGUUAUUGAAAAUAAGACCUUGGCCGUUGACCCAUUUUUAAUCGAAAGACCACGAGCUAUUUCUCAAACAACUCACAUUGAUACAGAAAUGUUAUUCGGUGUGGCAAGCGCGGAAGCUUUGUCUCUACUGAUGCCGUCGAAUUUAUAUGUUUGGGUCGAUUCACUCACAAAUAGCUCAAGUAUUAUAUUACCUUUCCGUGGAUUGACUCUGCCAAAAAAUUCUUCG